AUGAAAUUAAUCCACAUUGUUUCAUCGGUUGCACUUUUUUGUCUUCCGGCAUUAGCUGUCAAUGAUUGGGAUUGCGGAGAAGUUGUUAUCAAGGCACAUUACCUAGAGGAAUGGAUAAAUUACUUCGUCGAAGUGUGUGAAAAUAGAGAUCAAGGCGCGUAUGAAGAAUUUCCACCGGACCAUUUUUUUACAGUCGAGCGCCCUGGUAGAGAUGCAAAUCUUCCACGUUCGUAA